GAUAGUUUGGUCUAAGUUUUCCUCUAAGGUUCUGCCGGAUUACUGGCGUUAUUUUAGAGAUUGCAAGUUUUCGUUUCGGUUCAAUUAGGCUACGAAAUCCAAUGCUGGUAGCGCCUAGUGCCAGGCUCGUAAGAGUGUUUGGCGCAAAAAAUGAACAUGAGCACCGAACAAUCAGUUUCCGAGAUUCCAAGUUGCCGGUCACUUCUAAGUGGUCGCGAUUUGCUGGCUCAUUAUAUGACUGAUUUCCAACCGCACACCUCUCUCAAUCGUCUAGUCUUACCGGAAGAGGAGUCCGCACACCAGAACGAAAUUAUUCAGCUAAAAGAGGAGUUUCGACAAAUUCUUUCCCAACAACAUGUUGACAGAGAAGAUUUGUACUCGAAAGGUGAAUGGGAGAACGACAGGAAGCGCGUCAGAAUUCUAAAAGCUCAAGGCAAGUGGAAUGUUUUUGGAUAUCAGGAGAAUAAAAAUUUAUAUCUCAACGGGUAUGAAGCUUUGCAUCUCAUGGAAAUGAACCGACUGAUAGUCUAUUGGAGUUCGGUUAUCGUGUCAAUGGAACAAGCGUAUAUGCUUUUCCUAGGAUAUCCUGAUUCACUAGAUUUGGAAGAGUAUCUUGUUUACAAUAUCUUAAUGAGAAGUGGUUUCUAUCUGUUGAAAUAUGAUGCGAACAGAGAGUAUGAGUCUGAUAUGGAAUCCGGCAGAGAGCUGGAUGAAGACCAAAAAUGUAUCUGGCGUAAUCUGUAUGAAAUGCUGCAUCAACCCAACCCUCUGAUAGAUGAAACCGAUAGUACUAUUGAUCCAAUAAAGUAUGACGAGAUAAAGCGUUCUAUGUUGAGUUUGAGAAACAGCAUCAUGUUUCAGACAACACCUGUUCACUCUGAGCAAAGUGAAGCAAAACGAAAACGUGCAGAUUCUAUUGAAACUAGUUCGUUACACUUUGAGCAAAGUAAGACAAAACGGAAACGUGCUAGUUCCAUUGAAGUUUGCUCUGAACAUAACGAAGGUGUUAUCAACAAAUCAAACAAUAUAUUUAACUCUAAACUUAAGAAGUUUAAUGAACUUUUUCACAGUUUCAAUGUUAUUAAAAGUACUUUGAAUGAUUCGCUGGCCGAUGUAGAUAGAGAGGACAACCAGUUAAAGUUUUCUUUUGAUAUGUACACUGCCGAUGGAUCCGUUUUCCGGAAAAGUAGACCGACGCCACCUGAGCACCGGAUACUGGUUAGAAGGUCAAAUCAAUCGUUGCCAACUGCUGCCGAAAUAGGGCAUUUUUUCCAGUGCCAACCUACGCCGUCAGUGCCAAUUCUACUGAUGCUAGUGUCUGACACACUGUCCAUAAAUUGCUUCCUAUACAACUUUAACCAGUUACCUUCAAAUAUCAUUGCUGUGAGAUACCCGAAGAGCUCUAUAGCAAUGCAGGAAAACAGUGCUUUGAAUGUGGAGUCAGAUGAUGACGAGCACAGUUAAUGAUGAGUUAUA